GCACAUGCCCAGGCCUGCCCCCGGGGCUGCACCACAGUAUAAAAGCUGGGAGCAGAGAGGGGCUUCCACAACCCACUCACUCCUCUCUCUCUCUCUCUCUCUCUCUCUCUCUCUCUCGACCUUCCUCCCCCGUGGACACCAAUCUCUUCCAAUCUCUCAGCAUCAUGAGCUGCUGUGGCUGUUCAGGAGGCUGUGGCUCCAGCUGUGGGGGCUGUGGCUCCAGCUGCUGUGUGCCUGUCUGCUGCUGCAAACCUGUGUGCUGCUGUGUGCCAGCCUGCUCCUCCUCUAACUGUGGUGGAGGCUGCAAGGGAGGCUGUGGCUCCAGCUGUGGCGGCUGCAAGGGAGGCUGUGGCUCCAGCUGUGGAGGCUGCAAGGGAGGCUGUGGCUCCAGCUGUGGGGGCUGCAAGGGAGGCUGUGGCUCCAGCUGUGGGGGCUGCAAGGGAGGCUGUUCCAGCUGUGGAGGCAAGGGAGGCUGUGGCUCCAGCUGUGGGGGCUGCAAGGGAGGCUGUGGCUCAGCUGUGGGGGGCUGCAAGGGAGGUUGUGGCUCCAGCUGUGGGGGCUGCAAGGGAGGCUGUGGCUCCAGCUGUGGGGGCUGCAAGGGAGGUUGUGGCUCCAGCUGUGGGGGCUGCAAGGGAGGCUGUGGCUCCAGCUGUGGGGGCUGCAAGGGAGGUUGUGCCUCCAGUUGUGGGGGCUGUGGCUCCAGCUGCUGUGUGCCUGUCUGCUGCUGCAAGCCUGUCUGCUGCUGUGUGCCUGUUUGCUCUUGCUCUAGCUGUGGUGGAGGCUGUGGGGGUUGUUGCCAGUCCAGCUGCUGCAAGCCCUGCUGCUGCCAGUCCAGCUGCUGCAAGCCCUGCUGCUGCCAGUCCAGCUGCUGCAAGCCCUGCUGCUGCCAGUCCAGCUGCUGCAAGCCCUGCUGCUGCCAGUCCAGCUGUUGCAAGUCCUGCUGUUGCCAGUCCAGCUGCUGUGCCCCCGUUUGCUGCCAGUGUAAGAUCUGAGGCUCACCUCCUCUUCUCCCAGCUCCCCCACACACUGUUCCUGUCUCAGCAUCCUUGCUGAUGACCCAGGACCCAGGACCAUCAGGGAACCCAUCAGGAAAGGAUUUCCUGAUCUCCUUUUUUAGCCAGGAAAUAGCGGUGUCAAAGGAGUCCUCUCAACUCUCAUCCUCCCAUCCUUCACAAACUCUCCUACCUACUCUACCAAGGGGUCAUUACCCUGCCAAGAACACCCAGCAAAGGGCUGCCCAACACACCAUGCAGACCCCCAGUGGAGCUUCUGGGUCAUCUCCAAAAGGUCAUCUGUCCUGACCCCAGAUGUGGGGCCAGCACUGGGGAUUGCUGAGCUGCCUCACAGCAGCUUUCCUUCCUGGACUCCCCAAGUCUCUCCUUCUGAAGUGUCUCUUUGCUUUUCUUGGGCACCUUUAGCUGAACUUGGAAAUCCAGGAAAUCAUUUUCUUUCAAUAAAAUCCACUCUUAAC